UUAUGUUUUAACAUUGUUUUACCUCUUUUCACAUAAUUGUUGAUAUUGAGUAUGCCUUUUUAGUUUUUUUCCUGCAUGUAAAGGUUUUAUGUUGAACCCUGUGUUUUGUAAUCUUAGUAUUUUGAAAGAGCUCCAUGUUUCUCUGUAAUGUUUGGGGGGGCUAUUUUAUCUCUUCUUUUAUAGAGUUGCAGGGGAAGUAUUCGCAGUGAGCCUUGCUCAAGGUGGCCCAGCCCCUUGUUUUCUGCAGGAAUGGUGCUAUCACUUCCUGGCAACUGGUGAGCUGAUGGCUGUAACCAAAGACAAUGUCCAUGAUUUGGAGUUGUCCCCUUUGAUAGAAAGGAUCGAGGAAGCAGAAGACCUUACCUCUUGCACUUACCCCCCCCCCCCCCAAUGUUGAGACAGCUGCGAGAUGGUUUGGAUCUCUACAACUUUUUGACUGUCUUGGAGAAAAACCAAGAGCACUGCCGUGAUCUUUUUGUGAUUGGCCAUGUGGAGAAGGUGGAUUCUCACUAUAUUGUUUUAAGUGUUGCACCAGAGAUGAGUGAGAGUGGUACUCUAAAGCAGCUGAAGGAAAAGGAGAUCCUCAACUUCUUUCAGGAUUUCCUACUUGACAUUGAGGAUGCUGCUCCUGAAGACAAAGGGAAGUUGUCUGUGCCUGAAGUGAUGCAGUGGCUUACAGGGCAGUCUCACAGGCACCUGCUUCUGUCAGAACGACAGAGAUUUAGGAUAGUGGUCCGUUUUGACCACAACUGCCUAGACCGCAUGCCAGACCACACUAUCUGCUACCCAAUUGUGAGUGCGUGUACUAAAACAAUUACUUUCCCCACGGCUCACCUUAACAACUUUGAAGAGUUUCAGCAAAAUCUGUUUGAUUCAGUAAGAUGUGGUUCAGGUUUCUACAGGAUUUUUUUAAAUUACAGUUUGGCUUUUAGCAGUUCACUUACUAUCACAAUUGUGAUGCUCACUCUGUUGUUGUCAGUGUUGCACCAUUAUUGCUCGUGAGGGUUUGUCAGUUCUAGUUCUGGAGACACUUUCAUGUCAAGUCCAUCCUUAAUUUAAUUUCUAUGUUUGUUUUUAAACCAAAAAAAAACCCACACUAGUGUAAAGGACAUUGGGCCUUAAGCACAAGGGUUGAGAAAUUACCAAAACCUUUUCAGUCUGUUUGUUAUUCUGUUCUAUGCCAAUCUAUCAUUUACCAAAGAUCUUCUACUUCUCAGAAAAAGAUGAGAUGAUGAACAUGAGCUGGCAGUUUGUCAUUUUAUGUUUAAUAGUGUAACAAAACGUUACAUGUACAUUGCAUAACAAAACAUUAAAUGUUCAAAAACCAUUAAAAUAUUAUUUUUGUACA